AGAGAGAGAGGACGAGUGUACAGUCACUUCUUUGUAAUAUCAGCUCUGUUUAGAGCUCGACUCCUCAUUUAUCAGCUCUCGGGACAGACAGCGUGAAGUCUCCACCGCACUGCUGUUAUUUCUACACGACCAUUCACACGAUUUACAACUUACAACAAACGGGGGAAACAUUAGCCUAAACUUUUGGGGUUUGCUACCUCCUCUAGCGAACUACAUCCUCGACGACAAACAAGCCUCUCUCUCCCUCUCGGUCUCUCAUUCUACUCUUGCAGCAAGAACAGGGAAACACCCAUCAGGGACAUCACAAAUCUUUUUGUGAAAUCGACAAAGGACUUCUUGCAGAGGAGUUGAAGUCCCUGAGCAGGACACUGUUGGAAUGAUGGCCCAAGAAGACGGGGACUAUGUAAACGACACUUAUGAAUACAUGGAAUAUGGAUAUGUAGAAGAGACCAAGGCUGGAGGCUACACUCAGAGAGAAACUCUUCACAUCAUUUCAGCGAUUAUCUACAGCCUGGCGUUUACUCUGGGUGUAAUUGGGAAUGGCAUGGUCAUCUGGGUGACCGCCUUCAAAAGCAAACGGACUGUGAACAGCAUUUGGCUGCAGAAUCUGGCCAUCGCUGACUUUGUGUUUGUUCUUUUCCUGCCGUUCUCCAUCGACUACGUGCUGCGAGACUUUCACUGGAUCUUCGGGAAGAUGAUGUGCAAGCUGAACUCGUUCGUGUGCACCAUGAACAUGUACGCCAGCGUGCUGUUUCUGACCGUCCUGAGCUUGGAUCGCUACAUCUCACUGGUCCACCUGAACUGGUCGGAAAGGUACCGAAACGUUCGGAGGGCCUGGUGGGUGUGUGCACUCAUUUGGUUCACGUCCUUCUGUCUAAGCUCUCCGGCGUUGAUAUUCCGUGACGUAAUCGAGCAUAACGAGAAGGUUGUGUGUUUUAAUAACUUUCAUGAUGAGGACAACAAGCACAUGUUAGUGGUGAGGCACAUUGCGAUGGUUUCGCUGCGCACCAUCGUGGGAUUUCUGCUUCCGUUUGCAACCAUCACCAUCAGCGGCGUUCUGCUGGCUAUUAAGAUGCGGCAGUCCGACUCGGUACGUGUGAACAGCUUCUCCAGAACCGUCUCUGCUGUGAUCCUUGCUUUCUUCUUAUGUUGGGUGCCUUUUCACACGUUCAGCCUGAUGGAGCUGAGCAUUCAUCGCACCACCUACCUGCACUCCGUGCUCAUCGUGGGCUUCCCACUCGCCACCAGCCUGGCCUUCUUCAACAGCUGCGUCAACCCGAUCCUGUACGUACUGCUAACCAAGAAGGUGCGUAAACUGGUGAGAAAAUCGUUUUUGAACUUCACCAAGAACUCGCUGAGGGAGCUCAGUCAGUCUGUGUCUGCGACGGAGUUAGACUCAGCACUGCCCAGCUUCUCUCCUGAAGAAACCACAGCCAACUCCUGCGUCUGAUGAGCUCAGCGAUCACCUCAAACGCACAUGAACUCAACAAACUUUGAGCUUUAAAAAACAAAACAUCUAGAGCUCCAACUGCACUAAAAAUAUACUGGGAAAUACUGGCUUUUAUCCCUUAUAUAGUACAUUACAGUAGAUAUGUAUUUAAUGGAUCAUCUAUUUGUAUGUAUGUUGUUCAAUAAAAAAAAAAAAAAUCUAAAAAUCAUAUAUAGCAUCACCUGUAACUAUAUGAAAGGAAAUAAUGUACUUUUUUUCUACUAAGUAUUUCUGACGAGUAGUAGAAAUGAAUGAUAUUGCGGCUCUGUUGAACGGUCUUUGUUUAAAAAAAUGAUUUCACAGAAUCAGUAAACUUGCUAAUGCUAAUGUACACUGCUUAAUCUGUAAAUUAUUAAAUAAAAGCAAAAAAUAAAAUACAAUGAGGAACGUAUAAUGUAAGUGAAUGGAAUUGAUCCUUAAACUUUGAAAUACGCAGUGUUUUAGUAUAGCCUUAACACAUAAUAUGCAUAUUAACAGGUUUUUAGCAUUAAAUAUUAAUUAUUACACUUUUCUAUGUAAAGUUAAAUGCAGUUUUACAACUGCAAUGAAAAUUUAAACUAUAUGGCCUGGUUCCCCAGACAGGGGUUAGAUUAAGCCAGGUUUAAUUCAAACAUUUAAGUAUCAUUUAUAAAUGUGCCUUUGAAAAUAACAAAGCAAUGGCACUGACAUAUUUUAAAAUCUACUUUGGGAUCAGGCUUAAGCCUUGAGUAUGAAACAGGGUGUAACAAUAUAAAAAAAAUAAUUUUAGCAUUAAGGUCAACAUAAGUGCUUUUCAAUAUUUUAAGCCUCAUUCUUUUUUUAGUUGUGACUCAUUAAAGCCUUGAUUUUUAUGGAAAUGAGGGUUAAGUUGAAAUAUAUUUUGUCAACAUUAUCACACAAAUUAAAAUCUAUAUAUUUCUUAUAAGUAAAAACAGAAAUUUGGAAAGUACAGAUAACUUUCAGUGUUACAAAUAACUUUACUUCUCUUUAUUUAAAAGUCAAAAAGUAGCUGAAAAAAGCACACAAAAAAGCCCAGGGCUGGUAAAAAUGUGGCCUAAUGUUUAAAGACAGCACACUUACUAAAUAGAUUAAGUGUUUUGCUCAAGAACAAAGUAAUAAAUGGCUACACCUAGAGGAACAUAAAAAAACAUUUUCAUUUAAAAAAAAAAAAGAAAGAGUUGACUGUUGACAGAUAUACAGCUCUUUUGUUUACACUAAAAACUACAAACUAAAGCAUAUCUGAAAAAGAAUAACCAGUUUUCCACACUAAUCACUUUGUGAAGUUACACCACAGUUGCCUAAAAUUUCAGAAGCUAUUUUUAUUAAACUUCUUUGGGACUGAUGACGAUACUGAGAAUUUAAACUUCUGCUUGUUUUUCGUGGAUUUGUUUUUUGUUUUCUUUGACGAAAUGUCUGUUUCAUAUGAGUCAACAGAAUUGUCGAAAUACUGGCUAUUUCCAAACAGGAUUCUUGAACAAUUCCUGUUUUUAGUCCCAUCCCCAAACGAGUAGGAGAAAGGAGAAAGUAUUUUACCAUACUAAAUAAAUGCAUAAAUAAAAUAAAUAAAUGAAAUAAAAAUACAGUUCAGUGAAUAUCCACACUGUAGUUUAUUGUGGGGUUCCCCUUUGCUUGUUGCCUAGGGUGUUACACAAUCAUUCGAGAUUAGUCAAAUAAAAAAAAAAAAAAAGGAAGAAAAAGAGCCAAACAGCCAAAGCACAAGCCAAGGAAUGAAGCUAGAAAUAGGGCAGAAACAACAACGGGUUUACCAUUAACACACACACAAAAAAAACUAUCAAGAAUGACAAAAUACACUACAUACAAUACGUACAUUCACAAAGAGCCACUAGACACUGUCCAAUACAUAACAUUAAACAGCAUUCAACAAGCGGACCAUGUUUUGCACUCUUCAGAAGAGACACAUUUGUAUUCAUACCACAUAUGCUGAGAAGAUUUACAUCUGUUUAGAGUUUGCACGUCCUCGCCCAUGUGUGCAGUUCAAUGAAAUGAGUUUAUUUCAGUCUUUAAGAUGAAGUUAAUAAUUUCUCACACAAUAUAAACUUUACCAAGUGUUUUCAGACAGGUUUCUCAAACGUUGCCCUCGAGUAAAAAAUAUUGGUAUGAUCAUAACAGGGUUGAGUGAUUGAGAUUGAAGUAAGAUGGAAAUGCAUAAAUGCACAUGUGGUCCAAAUAUUGCUAUUUCUGGAUAAGAAAUGUUAACGUUUGUAUUGGAGAUAAUUAUGCAGUAACAGGCUUUGACUCAUAGACUGUGUAAAAACAUGGACGUAGUGUCCGAGAAGUCACCCAUAGGUUUCUGAAGAGCGUUUCUGAAGCCAAAAUUGGGCGGAGGAGGGAGUCACCAUUUUGGCAGUGAGUCACCAUGCGUCACUCCAGGAUAAUCGAAAAUAGGCAAAAAAGCAGGAGCUGGUUGCUGAAGCCACGCCCACCUAGCUCGAAGGCGGUGACAGCAGCGGCAAUCCACCUGUCACUCAAGAUGCCACGCCCUUAAUUAUGCAGACCUUUAAGACUUAAUAUAAUUUAAACGGAUGAAUUCUAAAAAAAAACACGCCCUCACAGUUGUCAUGAGGGGCACAAUCAGCUAUAUAGACCUAAAUCAUUUUUUGAACCAGGCUGUAAAUGUUUUUUUCUGCUGUAAAGUUGGUCAUUUUAACAUGGGGAGCCUAUGGGACUGACUCCCUUUUGCAGCCAGCCUCAAGCAGCCAGUUGACGAACUACAGUUUAAUUCACUUCCAUAAGGGCUUCACGAGAGAUAGCGGGAGGUUGAGCUUGGUUUCACACAAAAUUUACUUUUUGUCAAAAUUAUGAUAUUUGAUUUUCAUCUCUGGAGACAGUAAAAAAAAAAAAAAAAAGGUAAAAACAUCUGCUGUGUAACUCAGAGAGUAACGUAUUUGUUGAAUGUGCAGUUUAUGAAAUGUUUCUUUGUUUCCUUCAAAGAAUUAUUGUCUCUGAAAGUCUGCAGAUGUCAUCUUAUUAAAGUGUUUCUUUUAUUU